GUUCAGGCUGCUGCGCUUUCCUGUUCCGGAUAGUAAAAUUAGUGAAAUCUGUUUUAACAAAUGUUCACUCAAAUGUAGCUACAAUUCAACCGGGUGUUGUAACACGUGUAACUGCUCCAUGGUAGUACUUAAUUUGAUAACGGUUUGUUAAACGCAUGCUGACAAGCGGAAAACAAGUUCGACAGCUAACGCUAACAGUAAACUUUGUGGCUAGCAGCAAAGCUAGCUGGCUAGCUCACUGUUUAAUAUCAGACAGACUGGCUUUCUGGCCAGUCACCACCGGACACUCACGCUGCUUCUUCCAUCUCGGAAUAAUGGCGAACCCGGCAUUGUUGCAGAAGAAGAACGGGAAAUAUUUGUGGUUUUCUCUUCUCGGGCUGGGCUUUCAACCAGACACUGCUGCGUCGUCUGUCGCCGGCAAAACCAACAUUAAUGUUAAACACCUCAACCUGGGACCGAAUAUGUUUGACAAACCAAACAAGGAUGCUUUCUACAUAGUUACCCAUUAUCUGUUGGAGAAACUCAACCCGACACGGUUUCAUGAAGCGUACAGGCAUUGCUGGCCUGUUUUGAACCACAAAGCCGAUGCUGAGUUCCGUAAAGUUACCUGCACUUGGCUGCGAGAAAUAAUGGAUGAAACUGCAAAUGCAGGAUCCAAAGUUGUUGCAUCCUUGUUCCUUUCCCCUGGAGGCCCCAAGUUUGUCAGCUUGAUGCUUCACUUGGCCAACCAUGUCAUGCUGCAGGAAAUGAAGACAUUCACCACAGAUAACAGCUGGGUUCCUGAGGCUGCAGCGAUGCCUGCGUCCUCCAUGGACAUGGCAGUGAAGAGACUCAACCUGAUCAAAACAAGGUUUUUGAAAACUGCUGUGGAUCAGGAUCAUUUUCUCCGGGAGUACCAGAGACGAGCCCAGCUUCUGGUGAAGUCUAUGAAGGAUAUCAGAGCAGAGGGUACCAAGUAUGAUGAACUACUUAAGUGUCAUAGCAGUGAUUCUGCACAGGAGGGAGCUUCUCCAGCUGAGAAGACCCAAAAGGUGCGCUCUCUGUGGUCAGCCAUUGAUGAAAUGCUGUCGACUACCAAAGAGGAGCAGAAUGCAGUGGAAAGUGUUUUGAAGGGGGAUGUAGAUAAAUACACCCUGGAUGGGACGGAUCGAGUCCUCAAAAUUCCUCGGACUCUGCUGGAGAGAAUUGAGCAGCUCCCACAUCAGUUGAGUUCAGGGAAUGUGUAUGAGGCCGGCCAGCUAAACCUCCUGUGUGUGUUGGAGCUGAUGAACCACGCGCUGCAGAUCCUCAGGGAGGAGCGCUGUCGGGUCUCUCAUGCCCCCAAGCUGCAGCUCAGUGCUCAGCACCUGCAGGAGAAAUGUCAGCAGAUGGCCCGUGCGCUGCAGGACCUCCACCUCAUCAGACAGAAGAUUUCCAAGGAAGAAAUUCCUGAGGUCAGGAGUACCAUCAGAGAGCUGGAGGCUCAGUGGGACAGGAAGUGGAUGGAUAUACUCAAAGACACCCCCCUAGUCUCUUUUCUGAAUGAAGAUCCUGCUCUUGGCUUCCUCUCACCAAUGGCCCCACUGUCAUUUAAGCCAUUGGCUGAAGCUAGUCACAAAAGCAGCGUCUUCGCCCAGUACCCUGCUAAACUUCUUGAGGAGAAGUCAGCAGAGAGUAAAUCACAGGAAGGCAUCAACCCAAAUGAUUCUGAACUAAAAAGCAGCCCUUGCCCUGCAAUGGCUGAGAGGACUGAAAGUCCUGUUGUCACCACUGAAGCAUCCUCACGAGCCAAUACCUCUCUCGACUGGCUUUUCGACACUCCUCCAUCCCCUCCUCUGAGGGCUCCACCUGUGCCACCACCUCAGCCCAGUGUGAGGAAGACGACCCAUGUUCAUCCAAAGGUGGCUCCCAUUAGGACCAAGACCCAGAUUUUGCACAUGGAGUGUGAUAACCUUGCUGACCAGUUUGCAGAUGCUGUAACUACAACCACUCCCACAGAAGGCAGGGUUAAAGGUCUGGACCUGGAGGGCCUUCUCAGCACUCUUCAUGGAGAUCCCUUCUCUACUAGAAAGCAGCUUCCACGUACACCUGAGAGCCUGAUUAUGGAUGUGAAAAGCUCGUGGCGGAAGGCAGUGGAGGAAGACAAAGUAGAGAAAAUCCGACGCACAGCCAAGGCUAAUGACAGCAUAACAGGGUGGCUCAAUUCUUCCGAGCAGCCUCAUGAUGUGUUGCUGAACUCCGAUGCUCUCUCCUGCAGUAUCACCCCUACUGCUGCGAACCACAGCAGCCCUCCUGUCAACCAGCAGGCGGUCUUACUCAAGUCCACUCUGUUGUGGGACACCUUCAACACUGAGGCCCUUGACAGCCCGAGUGGCACAGGCAGCAGUGCCGUCCAGUUCAGCCUUGACCAUGAAACUCUCCCUGAAAUGCCAAGCUGUGACAGUCUGCUGAGCCUCAACGACGAAUCACUGGAUAUGAAGAGUGAGGAGGAGGAGGAGCUCCUGAUCCCCGCUCUGAAGACUGAAGCAAAGCAGUCACCACUAAAUAUGGCUUAUCAUGGUCAGACCCAGCAGGAGUGUGAUGUUGGUUCCUUCAUUGAAAGCAGGAAGAGGACGCCAGAGUGCCUUCUGUCAGGUCACGUGGUUUCUGGUGUGGACAGAGACUGGCUAACGGAGCCCGCAAAGUCAGUGGAAGCCUCAGACAAGGUCUUCUCACUGGACCUAGACAGACUGGGGACACCCUCACCCCCAAAGAAAGAGGAGUACAGCCUCCCGAAACUCAUCACAUUCUCUCCAAUAGAUGACAUGAAGUGUUAACCACAUUCAUGUCGAAACCACUUUUCAGCCUGUGUCUUAAACUGUCUGCCCUAAUUUAAAUAGACAUGUAACAAAUAUCUGUACAUAGCUGUAAUAACUUACCCUUUGUCACAUACUAAAUUAGUUUUCUGUGCUUUAGUUUAUUGGUUUUAAUUUAAGAUGGUGAGACAUGAACUGCUUUAAUAAAAUUGUAAAAUAUGGUUCAUUUCCUUCUUUGCUAAGUUGUGUGUGACAACAGUGUGGAUCUCCUGACAUUACAGUCUAUAAACAGCUUAUCUUCAUUGGCAAGAUCUGCUUUUCCAUUAACAUGAUGGACAGCUGCUUUUUUUGUGUGUGAAAUAAAAAUGUCUCCCUCUUUCCCUUCACAUUUACAUUGCACUAUGAGCAUGUUUUUGUACCAUGCAGUGUCUUAACACUUGAAUAUUUUUAAGUAUGUGACCACGAGGAAUCAGGGCCAGUCAGAUCGAUAAUAGCAGAAUUUACUGAAUAUUGCUGGAUGAACUGAUCCAGUCAGUUUGUCAGUUUUGUCACAGUGAUAAUAUG